CAUUGUAAUAUAUUUUAAUAAUAUAAUGAGAAAACAUAUAUGCUAUUAUAUGAGAGAAAAUAUAAUGAUGCUAGCCGCGCAAUCUGCGCGGGCCUCCAUGCUAGUUCCCUAUAAAAAGGGAAGCAAACCAUGCAAACUUCUUCACAACACAAAUCAGCAACGAGCUCACAACCCAAGCCAGACAGGAGAAGCUUCUAGAACCUUCCAGAAGCAAGGUAGCUAAUCGAUCGAUCGAUCAAUGGCGGAGAUGGUGGCGAGGCUGGCGUCGGAGAGGGCGGUGGUGGUGUUCACCAAGAGCGGCUGCUGCAUGUGCACCGCGGUGACGACGCUGCUCGGCGAGCUCGCCGUCAGCGCCGCCGUGCACGAGCUCGACAGGGACCCGCUCGGGAAGGAGAUGGAGAAGGAGCUCGCCAGGAGGCUCUACGGCUCCAGCGGCCGCGGCGGGCCCGCCGUGCCGGCGGUGUUCAUCGGCGGGAGCCUCGUCGGCGGCACCAGCAAGGUGAUGGCCAUGCACCUCAAGGGCGAGCUCGUGCCCUUGCUCAAGAGCGCCGGUGCACUGUGGCUUUGAGAUUACUGUGAUUAGUUACUAAUAUGAGUUAAUUACUUGAAGAAAAUUACCAUGGAAAACUAUAGCUUAACUUUGUACUUAAAAGAGAGGGAGAGAGAGAGAGAAAGUACCAAAAAUAUUGCAUAGUGUUAUAUGCAUGCAAGUUUUGCCUUUUUAGGAGAAUACACACAUGUAUGUAUAUAGUUCCCUCUUUUUUAAUAAAAAAAAUGUAUCAAUAGUUAUCACUUCUCA